GAGCAUGAGAUUGAAGUGAAAGUCAUUAAAAAGAGGAUUUUUUUCCAAUUAAUUUUUGUUCCUACCAUUCAUAACAGUCUUAUCACAAACUAUGGAUAAAGUGGAAUCUUAACAAAGAAUAUUUGAGGUAGGAAAAAGUUCAAAACAUGAAACGUAUAUACAGAUGUCAUGGUAAUCUUAAGCUCCUUUACCAGCUCACAACAUGCUAUACCUGCGGUACCUUGUCAACUAUGCCUCAACACUUUUAACAGUAUCUACAACUACGGUACUAACACCUUCCAAAAUAUGUAUACGGCCAUCUGCCAUGUGUAAGAUGGUUACCAAAUAAUGGCAUACAUUAUUGUAAAAUGAAUUCAGUUACCGUGUCUUUUCAUAUAGAUAAAGCACUGACUCUCUUGCAGUGUAUUUAUGCUACCAAAAAUGAGUUCAAAGGCAUUCUCCAAUUUGUUGGUCAUUUUCACGGUUGUAUUGCCUUGUUUGAUCGGUUUAAGUCACAGUGGAUGUGAAUUCAACGCAAUCUUCAACUUUGGGGAUUCAAAUUCAGAUACUGGUGGCUUUUAUGCAGCUUUUCCUGCAGAAACUGGUCCUUAUGGAAUGACUUUUUUCAAGAAACCAGCAGGCCGGGCUUCAGAUGGGAGACUCAUCGUUGAUUUUCUUGCUCAAGCUCUAGGAUUGCCAUUUUUGAGUCCAUAUCUGCAAUCAAUUGGAUCUGAUUUUAAACAUGGGGCCAACUAUGCUACAUUGGCAUCCACUGUGCUUCUGCCUAAUACUUCAUUGUUUGUUACUGGGAUCAGCCCUUUCUCUCUUGCUAUCCAGCUCAACCAAAUGAAGCAAUUCAAAACAAAGGUUAACGAACUUGAUGAACAAGGAACCGAACUUCCUUCAUCGGAUAUAUUUGGAAAAUCUCUUUACACAUUUUACAUUGGCCAAAAUGAUUUUACUUCCAACUUAGCAACCAUUGGCAUAAGUGGAGUGCAGCAGUACCUCCCUCAAGUUGUUUCACAAAUUGCUGCUACCAUUAAGGAGCUACAUAAUCUUGGAGGGCGUACAUUUUUGGUUCUUAAUCUUGCACCGGUGGGAUGCUACCCUUCAUUCUUGGUGCAGCUUCCUCAUAAUAGUUCAGAUAUUGAUGAAUUUGGAUGCUUGAUUUCUUACAACAAUGCGGUAGUGGACUAUAACAACAUGUUGGAAGAGACAUUGAGACAAACCAGAGAAAGUCUUUCUGAUGCUUCUGUCGUUUAUGUGGACACACACAAAGUUCUAUUAGAGCUCUUCCAGCAUCCCACUUCUCAUGGGCUUCAGUAUGGUACAAAAGCUUGUUGUGGAUAUGGAGGGGGUGACUACAACUUCGAUCCUAAAGUUUACUGUGGCAAUACCAGAGAGAUAAAUGGCAGCACAGUGACAGCAACAGCCUGUGAUGAUCCCUACAACUACGUGAGUUGGGAUGGAAUCCAUGCAACAGAAGCAGCAAACAAGCUUACUACCUAUGCCAUUCUAAAUGGAUCAUAUUCUGAUCCCCCUUUCCCAUUUCAGGAACACUGUGAUCUUCAACCUAUAGGUUGAUCCAUUUCCUUCAGGGUUGUUUCAUAAUUAACAAAUGAUGAAGCUCCUACCUCAAGAUAUUACAAAAAUAAUUUUCAACAAGAAAUCAAACCAUAAUUUCUUAUAAUACAUAACUUUCAAUACCGG